AUGCCCCGUACAAGCAAGAGUGGUGCCCCCGCCGAUGGCGCCAUCGACAACCUCGAUACCCUGGAUAUCGAUGACAUGUUUGCUGACGAUGGCGAUGCUCUUUUCGAUGGCCUCGACCUUGACCUAGAGCCUAUGGGCGACAUUGCUGACAUGGGAAAUGCUGCAGAGGCAGCCGCUCCAACUGAGCCUGUGAAGGAAGAAAAAGCAGAGCCCGCUCCAGCGCCAGUUCCUGCCGCUGAUGAACCUCCCAAACGUCGAAAGACGAAACGGAAGUUAAAGGCAACGGUUCUCGCGGGUGAAGAGGAAGAUGAAGCACCAACAAAGAAGAAGAGGCGAGCUGCAAAGCCUGGUACAACGAAAAAGAAAACGUCAAAGAAGGAAGAAGUAAAGGCUGAGGUCGUCGUCAAGGCCAAGAGCAAAACAAAGAUAACGACACCCCUGCCAAUAGCUCGAGCUGCCUCUUCAUCAGGGCCAACUUCUGCGAUAAUGACUCAGGGCAAUGUAGCAGCCGCCGGACAGUUUGGUGGACGUCAAAAGCGUGGGCAGUUUGCUCUUCCCUUGUCAAGGUCUAAAUCAGAUAGCCAGCAAAAGGCAAAGAGCAAGCUCGCAAUAAGUAAGCCACCUCCGUCGGUAUUGGUCUCAUCAGCCUCAUCAACAAGUCUUGGUGAGAAGAAGAAGAACAAAAAAACCAGCACCACAACCGCAACAACAACAGCAACAACAACGCAAAGUACGCCUGUGGCUCCAGUGCCUCUUGUUCCAGAAAAGCCAGCACCUUUUGCUCCUCCUCAUCCGCAGGCAACAUUUUGUGGGUUGUCAGCAUCCAGUGGACUAUUCUACCCCUUCAUGCCAGCGCUGCCUCCAGAGCCUUCACUCAAGAAUCGAAAACAGUAUCCCGUCAUUGAUAAAAUUCACGCUUCCUUCUCAAGUUACAUCAACGCCACCAAUGUUCCAAAGGGAAACAACAACGACACGACAGUGGCAGAAACAGAAAACAUCUUUCAGCUGAUGAUGGACACCCUAAAGGAUCAAAUCCCUGCAGGAGGACAAACUCAAUCCGCUGAUUUCAAAAAGACAGCCAUGUCCAAUGCCAUAUACUCGUUGAGAAAAAUGGUAGCAGGGAUGGAAAAGGGCAAACUAGCAUUGGACUUGUUCUCUGUGGCGGCUCUUCUAAAGCGUCAACACGACUUUCUCAAUCAGAAUCUGCAAAAUAUGGACAAGUGGUGCAAGAGCAAUUUCACAGAACAGGAAUAUGCAGCAACAUAUGGCUUAUCCGAUCCCCAGAAGAAGCAGAAAGAAACGGUAGCCGUCGAGUCUGUGUUUGCCGGCUUGAAAGCUCCUCUUGUGAAGGUCAAGAUCAAGUUCAGUGGCUUUAAGGAGUCCAAACUGAACCCACCUCUCUUUGCCAUCUUGCCUAAAUCAGUCAUUAGUGGUUCAUCUUCGGCACCUGAGCAUAGCAAAGAAAAGAAAACAACGAAGAAGCGAAAGAGUUCUAUCUUGGAUCCUUCGACCGUGACCAACGCAGUUGCUGUACCUACCGCAGACAAGGAAGACUUGUGGAAGACUUACAUGACACAAAGACCUGGAAAGCGGAGGCAGUUGGUGGCGGAUGAUGUCGCCCUUACGGCCAAGGAGCUAGAAGCAGCGUGCAUUAGCAGCACUAUAGCGCGUUGUCAGGCAAUUGAACGAAGGCAUGCAGAUCUGAAGAGUACGGUGGAAAAAGAUGACGCCCCGCUCAUCCACACGGCGACUAUGUGGCAAUACAUCGACAAGGCAGGGUACUUUUCCGCUUUUACAGAUGAGUCAUUGAAGGAUACAUUGAGGUCGGUGUGGUCCCCAGAGGUGAAGUACAGUUUCCAACGAGAGAUAACGCGAAGCAGCACUCCCAAGGUGGUACGAGCGAAACGUGAAGGGCAAAAGAGUGUGUUUGAAGGGUUGCAGUCUCUUUUGGUUGAAGUAAUGUCAGAUGACGAAGGAGACAGCGACGACGAUGACGACAGUAUCUUGGAUAACGACGACAACGUUGAUGCAGUUUUGGACCCUUCCAUCCAGUACAAUACGAAACUCGUGGAUCUCUCGGGACUGACACUCGACGAGCGAGCGUUUACCCAUCUUUGCAAAGCUGGUCUUUUGGAUGAAGAUGCGUGCUUUAGUGACUUUUCAGAGGGAGGGAAACCCACCACGAACGCUGAUGUGAACGGUGACUCGUCGCUUGAAGAUGUAAUCCAACGAAUGUCGGACGAUCUGCUUCGCUUGAGCAGUGCCAACAAUGCGAGAUCAAGUUUCCUUGAAGCUGUAGCAGGCGCAUUCAACACGAGAACGAAAGCCAAGAGUCAACGAGCUGUUGAGGAAGCGGCAACAUUGGCAAAAUAUCAGCAGCUACUGAAACGACGAAACGACAUCAAGCUAAAAGCGGCCUUAAUGCCCAAGUCCAAGGAUGAAUAUGCCCUCCCUUGGUAG